UUGUUGGAGAUUUGAGUGCAUAUUCAGCAUACAGGUGCUGAACAUGUCCUAACAACUCCUCUUCUUCCGCCUCGCUCGUCGCUCUUCCUUCCUUUACCCCUGAUUGCCCUCUUUUCACACCGUCACUAUGGAGUCAAAUCGAGCGAUACCGAUCCUGAACAAAGCUCAGUUAGAGAACUAUGGCAUUCCUGCCAUGUGCUGUUAUAACACGGAGGGCAUUCUGGCCACCGUCCGCGCCGCCGAGUCGAAGAAAUCGCCCGCGAUGAUCCUGCUCUUUCCUUGGGCAAUCCACUACGCAAACUCCUGUCUCGUCCACCUCGCCGCCGAAGCAGCUCGCAAUGCAUCCGUCCCCGUAACAGUCCACCUCGAUCACGCCCAACAACCGGCGAUCGUGAAGCGCGCCGCUGAUAUGGGAGGAUUUGACUCCAUCAUGAUCGACAUGAGCCACUAUGAUAAGGAGGAGAAUCUCAGGCUGACAGCUGAGCUGACCAAAUACUGCCACGAGCGAGGCAUCGCGUGCGAGGCGGAACCGGGUCGGAUAGAGGGAGGAGAGGACGGCGUAGGGGAUACGGCAGAUCUGGAGGGCUUUUUGACAACGCCCGAGGAGGCACAGGAGUUCGUGGACUGCGGCAUCGACUGGCUAGCCCCAGCGUUUGGCAACGUACACGGAAACUACGGUCCUAGAGGCAUUCAGCUCGAGUACGACCGACUGCAAUCGAUCAAGGACGCGGUCGCGGAUAAGGUGCGCUUGGUGCUCCAUGGCGCAGACCCGUUCACGAAGGAAAUCUUCCAGAAGUGUAUCGGCCACGGCGUGAGCAAGAUCAACAUCAACAAGGUGCUCAACAAUCCGUGUCAGAAGGUCUGGGCGGACCACGCUGGUACGAAGCCGUUUACAUAUGUAAUUGAGGAGGCUACGAAUGAGAUGCAGAAGGCGGUGGAGAUGUGCUGCGACAUGUUGGGCUCGACGGGAAAGGCCUGAGGUGUAGAAAGGAACUUUGAAGCGCAUCUAUGUCGAAAUGCGGUCAGGAGUGCUGCGUUUUGGUGACACGUGAUUACGCGACAUGACCGAAAUCGCCCCAGAAUAAGAACGCC